AUGAUCGCCAACGCGCAGCUGGUGCUGUCGAUGAUGGUGCUGGAGUUCCGCUACGUGUACGCCGACCCGCUGGAGGAGUUCCGGCAGCGCAUGGCGUGGACGACGGACGUGCACCAGCACACGCAGGAGCCCCUGGGGCGGUGCGUCGGCGUGCUCGACGAGAACACCAUGAACGACGCGCAGUGCGCCGUGCGCAGAGCGCUGUGCAAUGUAGGUAUACAUACUGCUUCUCUCACAACAAUCGUGUUGACGGCCUGUGGAAUAAUUACGUUGGGAUCCCUGCCCAAGAUGGACACUAUCACCAUAGUGGAUCUGUCGUUCAACAAACUGUCCACAUUUAAAGGGCUGGACGUGUUCUGCGGCGUGCGCGAGCUCAACCUGAGCUACAACGACAUCUCGCUGAGCGAGGAGCACGUGCGGCCGCGCCUGCCGCAGCUGCAGUCGCUCGACCUGUCGUGGAACUGCGUGUCGCGCCUCCUGCAGGCGAUGCCGCUGCUGCGCCGCAUCGCCCCCGAGCUCUCCAUUGACGACCUGAUGGAACCGGCGCACGCGGCGUAUCUGGCCAAGCGCAGCCUGCGGCAGCUGGUGCGGCUGAACGGCGAGCACAUGGACGACCUGGUGCAGCCGCGCAAGGACAGCGGCAACCACCCGGUGUGGGCCGCCGUGCGCGAGUGGGAGAUCCUGCGCAAGCCCGUCAGCCUGCGUUGGCUGGUGGAGACGCGCAUGAACCAACGCGACGGCACCGAGAACAAGCUCACCACCAACAGCUCCUUUCCCUACUGGGUGAGCUACAAAGGCCUCUCCCUCACCGACGUGAAGAUCAAGGACCAGUUCAAGAAGGUCAAGUGGGCGGAUUUCUCCGACAACCUCCUCGACGACAUCAAGAGGUUCGUGGUGGAAAUGCCGCAGCUGGAGGAGCUGUCCUUGCGUCACAAUGUGAUUCUGGAGUUCCCAGUCCUCGCGCAGCAGUGGUCGCAGUUGCACAAGCUGGACUUGAGUAGGAAUUACUUGAAGAGUAUCGCUACGCUGCAGUCGGGUUGCUUUCCUUCGCUGAAACUGCUGGACGUGUCAGGGAACAUGUUGAGUGAUUUGAAUGGCAUCCAGGCAUGUGAAGAUCUGGUAGAGUGCUAUGCUGCCUGUAAUCGGAUUGCUUGUCAG